AUGGUAGGUGGGUGGGCUAAAACACGUGGAUACACUCGGUACGCUAGUGGGGCUGACUCCCGUCUUCUGGGCCGGUCUCUGGUGUGUCUGGCUCGCCAUUUGGAAAAGUCCAAAAGCAUUUCGAAGGCUUUUCAUGCACCUCAACGGCACCGCCAAACUGUCAAGUCCAGCUGGACAAUGAAACAUCCCGGCCAAUCAGAUCCCGGGGCGACGGUUCUCCUCAUACAGAAUUGUGAAGAAGAAGAGGAAGAAAAAGAAGAUAUAGCGGUAAUCGAUGGAUGA